UUCCUUCCGAUGGACACCUACAAACGAUCGCCUUUGAAGCCAUGGAAGAAAGGUCCAACUCGAGGCAAAGGCGGCCCUCAAAACGCUUCCUGCCAGUACCGAGGCGUCCGCCAACGCACCUGGGGAAAAUGGGUGGCCGAAAUACGAGAGCCCAAGAAACGAACCAGGCUCUGGUUGGGCUCUUUCGCCACUGCCGAGGAAGCCGCCAUGGCGUACGACGAGGCCGCGAGGCGACUCUACGGCCCCGAAGCUUACCUUAACCUCCCACACCUUCAACAAGUUCCGGUUAAUAACCCUUCCAACAGAUUGCACAAGUUCAAGUGGAUCCCUUCCAAGAACUUCAUCUCAAUGUUUCCUUCUUCUUCUCCCGGUUUGCUCAACAUCAACGCUCAACCCAGCGUUCAUGUUAUUCACCAGCGGCUCCAAGAACUCAAGCAAAAUGGGAUUUCGAGACCUAGCUCAUCUUCAUCGGAAGAUCAUCGGAUGGAGAAAGGCGUCGAAGUUUCGUCGGAGAAGCCGCAGAUCGAUCUGCAUGAGUUUCUUCAGCAGCUAGGGAUAAAGAAGGAAGAAAAGAAAUCUGGAGAAUCAGCUGAUGAUAACGACAAUGUGGAAAGUUCAACACCAACGGAUUCAUCAAUGAAAGAUUACGAUGAUUUUGCAGCUUUCGCGGAGAAUAAUUUCAAUUGGGACGCCAUGAUUGACAUGCAUGGAGGAGUUGAGUCCAGCUUCCAAGUUCAUGAUGAUCACACUUAUGAAGAAGAGCUAGCUUUUCCUACUUCUAUUUGGAACUUUUAAAAUAGUUUUAAAUGUUCAUCAAAUCAUUUGUUGACUCGACACAUGAGGUUGGAAUAUAAAGAUUUGAUCGAUGCUAGUUU